AUGAGCAGAGGACGAGGAGCUCCUAGAGGAGCACCUAGAGGUGGCCGUGGAUUUGGAAAUGCAGGACGAGGCGGAUUUAAUCGCUUUGAGCCUCAAGGACCGCCGGAUUAUGUUAAAUGGGCAAAUUCAUCCAUGCUUGCGAGGAUACCGUACUUCAACGCUCCCAUCUACCUCGAAAACAAGACCCAGAUAGGCAAAGUCGACGAAAUCCUCGGCCCCAUAACAGAAGUUCACUUUACUGUCAAGCUACAAGAGGGUAUGCAAGCUGCAAGCUUCAAAGCCCAAGAUGCUGUAUACAUUGCUCCAGACAAACUGCUCCCACUGGAACGUUUCCUGCCAAAACCAAAGGCUACUGGCAACAGAGUUGACAAACAAACUGGACGACAAGGCCAAGUGCCAAAACGUGGUGGUGGCGGAGGUGGAUUUGGCCGAGGUGCUCCAAGAGGAGGCCGUGGUGGGUUCGCACCUCGUGGCAGAGGAGGCUUUGCUCCACGCGGUUUCAGCUCGGAUAGAGGAGGACGUGGUGGUUUUGGCGGAAGAGGUGGCGGUGGAGCAGGAAGAGGUCAAUUUUCGCCAAGAGGCAGGGGAGGUCGAGGUGGCUUCUAG